AUGAACGCGGCGUCGAGGGUAAAGGCGCUGCCGCUUCUGCGGUCCUCGCUGCUGGCCCGGAGUAGCGGCAGCGCCUGCUGCGGCUACUCCUCUGUUGCGGCUGCCCGUGCGCUGCCCCGGAGGACGGCAAGUUGCCGUCCCCCCUCGUCCUCGCUCUCGCGGGGCGUCGACGCCGCCGCGGCGAGGACCUGGCGUGCAGAGGGCGUGAGGUGGAACAGCACAGAGAGUAGUAGCAGCAGCAGCAGCAGCAGCAGCAGCAGCGCGAGCUCCGAUGAUGGCGGGAGCGUGGCGAGUUCGCAGACUCCGCUGGGCAGCGAGGCGGAGGCUCAACCUGCGGCGCCAGCAUUUUCGUUUGCCUUUGAGUUCCUCCAGCGGAACAACAUCCCGUUCAUCCUCUUGACGAACGGAGGGGGCAAGUCUGAGGCCGAGCGGGUGGCCGACCUGAUGGAGAAGCUCGGCGUGGAGCUCGACGUGUCCAACUUCGUGCAGAGCCACACCCCGUACCAAAAGUUGCUCGACCCCGAUGCGGACCUGGGCCACCCGGCAUUAGAGAAGUAUCUCGAGCAGUCUCUCGGCAGCAAGAGGUUCUCAGGGAAGGAGACCGUGCUCGUCCUGGGCUCUGACGCCUCCAAGGCACGGCGCAUCGCCAACGGGUACGGAUUCGAGUCGGUGGUCACGCCGGGCGACAUCAUCAAGGCGUGCCCGGAGAUAUUCCCGUUCGACCCGCUGCGUGAGUUCUACGACCGGCAGGAGAUCCUGCCGCUGCCGAAACCCAUCUACAACCCCAAGGCCGACCCAGCCGUGAAGCUGGAAGACUGCCUCAAGAUCGAUGCCAUCCUGACCUUCAACGACCCGCGCGACUGGGCCGUGGACAUCCAGCUCAUCACCGACCUCCUCCUGUCGCACAAGGGCUACCUAGGCACUUACAGCAGCCGGAACGGCGACAUGUCCCUUCCCCACCUGGAACAAUGGCAGAACGACGGCCAGCCGCCCCUCAUCUUCAGCAACAUCGACCUGCAGUGGAGCACGGGCUACCACCAGUCGCGGCUGGGCCAGGGCGCCUUCCACGGGGCGGUGCGCCACGUGCUGCAAGAUCUUAUGGGCGGGCAGCAGUCCUGUGAACCCAGGACGUUCGAGUUCGGCAAGCCCUUCCCCGCCACCUACGCGCACGCCUGGGCCACGCUGGACCGGCACCGCCGCCGCCUCGGCCUGCCCAACCCCACGGUCGUCUACAUGGUCGGCGACAACCCGGCGAGCGACAUCCGCGGCGCGCACCAGUGGAACACGCACCUCAAGCGUUCGUCCCCGGACAGAAGGCCCGCGCUCGGCCCGUACUGGAGGUCGUUCCUCGUGCGCACGGGCGUCUGGAAGGAGGACGCCAUGCCGCUCAAACACAUCCCCAAGGUCAAGAAGCCCCACCGCGCCGUGGACGACGUACGGUCCGCAGUCAAGCUGGCGCUGGUGGAUAACAAGUGGCCGGGCAAGUUUGAGUGA